AUGUCUGAAACGCUGGGCCUGAUGCGCAAUCACACGGACGGCAGCGUUCCUGCGUGCGCAUGCGGGCCUGCGACGCGCAAUGGCGGCCUGGGUGCUGCUGCUAUGCGCCCGUUCGCCCACUGUAUACAAAGCGUUCGGCCGUGUCGAGGGCGAGGCCGUGUUUCAGGCAGCGCCCGCAGCGACGGCUCCAUGUGCGGCAGCAGCAGACCGUCAUGGCCGUCUAGCACACACCGCAAGACGCGCGCACCAGACAGCAGUGGUAGCGUGGCGUCUACCAGCCAGUCGUUGGCAGGCGGGCAGGCGGGCAGGCGCUCCAACGGCGCCUAUGCCACGUCGCGCCGCUACUGGCCAGCUCGGUCUAAAUAUACGUCGAGCCUUCCGUCAGCAGCGCUCGACCCGCCUGCCCAAUCACGCCCGCGCUGCACUGCUACUGCCACACCACUGCUGCCACUACCACACUACUGCCACUACCACACCACUGCCACACCACCACCACCACCACUCCCACCACUCCCGCCGCUGCUCCAUGCCACCCACUGCCACCCAAUGCCACCCACGCCCCCUCGCCUGCCGCCGCCCUGCCUGAAACCGUCGCGCCGUCUCAACUCCCAGCUGGCCCGUGCCCCGCUCCCUCAUCUCGGCACAGAGGCUGCCUUGCCAAACCCUCACGCCCACGGUGAAACAUGCUCUCAACUCGCUGCCCGCCUCCCACCCGCCCACGACGAGCAAUGCCUCCCGACCCUCCUCCAGCCCGUCGUCAAUGCUCCAAUCUCACCUGCAACUACGCCUCUUCCGUCGACGUGUCAGCCGCGCUAG